AUGAUUAAAGGUGUACUCGUAAUAAACAAUAGUGGGAAACCCCGUUUCUUACGUUUUUAUGAUGAAAGUAGUCAUGAGAGGCAACAGCUAAUAACCAAAAGAGUUUAUGAAUUAAUAAAAAAUAGACUGGAUAUGGAAUGUUGCUGCUUUAUAGAAGAUGAAGAAUUAUUUUCAUCGGAUAUAAAAGUUGUAUACAGACACUUUGCAACCUUAUACUUUGUUUUUAUCAUUGAUUCUAUGGAAAGUGAGCUAGGUAUUCUGGAUUUAAUACAAGUUUUUGUACAAGUGCUAGAUUCAAAUUUUGAAAAUGUCUGCGAGCUUGAUUUGAUAUAUAAUUAUGAACAGAUAAAUUAUAUAUUAGAUGAAAUAAUAAUGGGAGGUAUCGUUUUAGAAACCAAUAUAGACACUAUUCUUCAUUCAAUUAAUGGUUCUAAGAGAUUAAUAGAAAAUGAAUCUUCCUUUUUCGGAGACUGA